CUAGACUUCAAUCGUUUCGCGCCUUUCGAGCUGUGAAGUUGACUCCCGCCGCGAUUUUCUCGUCUUGGCCAAAAACUCGUGACUGAUCGAGAGAGAGCAAGUCUGAAACCAGCUUAAAGUGAGAAGACAAGUGUUGGUGACUGCAGCCAGCAUCCGCGUUAGCCGUGCAGUAGAAAGAAACGGCCAUAUCUGUCUUUGGUUUGGAGACGUCGUCGCGCGCUCUGAAUCUCUUUUGAGAAUCAUAAACUUUGAGCGCAGCUCUUGAGAAAUACUGUGUAUCGCGCGUUUGUAGGGUGUGGUGCUAAAAGUCAAUUUAUAAGAUGUGGCGCUCGAAUAUCUUAAAUUGCGUGUGGGGCACCCUGCUCCUGGUCGGUUUUUUUCACCAGACAGUGGGCCAGCGAACGCCCACCAUAUCCUACAUCACGCAGGAGCAGAUUAAGGAUAUUGGCGGAACCGUUGAGUUAGAUUGUUCGGUUCAGUACGCCAAAGAGUACAACGUGCUGUUCCUAAAGACAGACAGUGAUCCCGUGUUUUUAUCUACGGGAACCACGCUGGUCAUCAAGGACUCGCGCUUCUCGAUGAGGUACGAUCCGAACUCCUCCACCUACAAGCUGCAGAUUAAAGACAUCCAGGAGACGGAUGCGGGCACCUACACUUGCCAAGUGGUGAUAUCCACAGUGCACAAAGUCAGCGCCGAUGUGAAGCUCUCCGUGAGGAGACCUCCGGUCAUUUCGGACAACUCCACGCAAUCGGUUGUGGCCGGCGAAGGAAGCGAAGUCCAGAUGGAAUGCUACGCUAGUGGCUAUCCCACGCCCACCAUCACCUGGCGACGCGAAAACAAUGCCAUUCUGCCAACGGAUAGUGCCACCUAUGUGGGCAACACCCUGCGUAUCAAGUCGGUGAAGAAGGAGGACCGCGGCACCUACUACUGCGUGGCCGACAACGGAGUGAGCAAGGGCGACCGGCGCAACAUCAACGUGGAGGUGGAGUUCGCCCCGGUGAUCACCGUUCCGCGUCCGCGACUGGGACAGGCCCUGCAGUACGACAUGGAUCUGGAGUGCCACAUCGAGGCCUAUCCUCCGCCAGCCAUCGUGUGGACCAAGGACGACAUCCAGCUGGCCAACAACCAGCACUACAGUAUCUCGCACUUCGCCACCGCCGACGAGUACACCGACUCGACGCUCCGUGUGAUCACCAUCGAGAAGCGCCAGUACGGUGAUUAUGUGUGCAAGGCCACCAACCGAUUCGGAGAGGCCGAGGCCCGCGUCAAUCUCUUCGAGACGAUCAUCCCCGUGUGCCCACCGGCCUGCGGACAGGCGUACUUUGCCGGAGCCGAGGAUGUGGCCGCCACCUCGUUCGCCCUUGUGGGCAUCCUGGCGGCGCUUCUCUUCGCCAGAUAAGCCAAUGGGCCACUCGGCCGCCAACUCCAAGCGCUCCAAGUCCAAUCCAUCACUCAGCCCUCGAAUGCAUAAAACAUACAUUAAAUAGAUAUAUCGAAGACCACAUCGUAUAACCGCGCAAUAGAUGUCUCAAACGAACUCAGACCUCUUAUCCAUUUUCCAGUUUUCAAUUCGUUUCGUAGAUUCUUCUUCCGUUUUAGCCCCGCCCAAUUUUCGUACGUCCAAUAUUAUGUCUUAAGUUAAGUAUGCUAAGUGAAAGGGCCAACGAUAACUAGAAAUAUAAUUUAUUAGCACCUUAGAGCCGAAAUCCAACCGAAAUUCGAAUCCAACCCAGCCGCAAACGAUGCAUUCCACCUUGAUCCCGUCCGUUUUGCUUUCUGAUCUGGCACUGUAUAUGUUUUAAAUAUUUUAAUCUAAGCAAGAUACAUCACAGCAUUCCGAUUUUGCUUCGACAAUUAAGAGAAUAUUUUAUUUUUAUUUAAUAAAUAAUAAAGUAUUUUCGUUAUGCAAAUCUGACAACUCGAAUAACUAUCUCCCUAAAAAAUCUAAACCCCAUAAUCGAGGCAAAAUCCAUAUUCGAAUAAAGGCAACAAAAGUUGUGUACAUUUUUAGCUCUUAAGCACAAUAAGAAAUUCUUUUUAAUAAUAACAAAUUUGUAUCCAAAUUUUUGUGUGCGAGUGAGUAAAAUCAAUUUCGACUUUGUAAUACAAAAAAAGACAAAACAUAAAACCAAAAUAAGCAAAAAAAAUCAAUAAAAAUAUUAAAAACAAAAAA